UCAUUGCGUCCUGAACCCCAAGUUGGGACACAGAAGUCUCGAGCGCUGCCAGUCCGGGAGGCGGAGCCGGAAGCGCCUCGGUUUGACCCCCAGAGUCCCUUUGUUUUCCGAGGGGCGGCUGUCUGCUCCCGAUUGCUCCGCCGUCCGUGAUCCCCGGUGACCCGGAGGCCGAAGCCCCCCCAGUCAGGGCAGGGCAGCCCCAACUUCAGAGCCGGAAGUAGGCGUCCUCUUCCCCACUCGGCCAUGGAGCCCACCGUGCCGUCCCUCACCGAGGAGGACCUGACGGAAGUGAAGAAGGACGCCUUAGAAAAUUUGCGAGUUUACCUGUGUGAGAAAAUCAUAGCUGAGAGACAUUUUGAUCACCUACGUGCAAAAAAAAUCCUCAGUAGAGAAGACACAGAAGAAAUUUCUUGCCGCACAUCAAGUAGAAAAAGAGCUGGAAAACUGUUAGACUACUUACAGGAAAACCCCAAAGGACUAGACACCCUUGUUGAAUCUAUUCGACGGGAAAAAACACAGAACUUCCUGAUACAGAAGAUUACGGAUGAAGUAUUGAGGCUCAGAAAUAUAAAACUAGAAUAUCUCAAAGGCCUACAAUGUAGCAGCUGUGAGCCUUUUCCUGAUGGAGCCACAAACAACCUGGCUAGAUCAAAUUCAGAUGAGAGUAAUUUUUCUGAAAAACGUAGAGCGUCCACCGUCACAUACCAUCCAGACGGAGAAUCCAACACGGCUCCCUUUUUUUCUACGGAUUCUUCUCUUAAUUUGCCUGUCCUGGAAGUAGGCAGAACUGAAAAUAGCAACUUCUCGUCAACUACACUUCCUAGACCUGGGGAUCCUGGGGCACCUCCUUUGCCACCAGAGCUGCAGUUAGAAGAUGGAGGAACUUGUGGAAACUCUAGUGAGCUGUUUCUUCCCUUACGAUCACGCACUGUCUCACGACAGUGACACUUGACUGCCUUUUGAUUUUUUAACUAGUGACAAAAAAAUGUUUUAAACAAUGUAAUCUUUUUGUAAAACUGCUAUAUUGAUUUACUUACAUUUGAUACAUGUCUUUUAAAACAUAAUUUAAACAUAGUUUGUAAAUAGAAUUUUUGCUUUUAGGAAUAACGGAAUGUAAAUCAUGUUGGUCGUGUCCUUUUCAGUAUUUUUCUUUCUUUUUUAGGUAUUUCAGUAUUUUUCAAUUUUUUUAUACUGCGAGACUAAUUUUAACAGAACAUUUCU